GAAGAGAUCUUGUGGCAGUCCGAAAUCUUACCCAUAAUGAAAAUCAUCCAUUCAACUACACAAACGUAACCAGCUUUUCAUGGGAGGUGCCGCUGUUCAAACACAGCGCAGUCAAACGAUACGACAUCAAAUACAGCGUCGGCACUCUAGAUAUAACGAGUUCUAACCAGAACACAGUGACUCGACGARCUGUUCAAGUUAACAAGACAAAUACGAUAGUGGAAAAGAGUACUACGGACACACUCUUUUCUCUUCCAAAGUUGAAAAACGGCCAAAAGAUGACAUUUCAGGUCACACCUUUCUUCGAAAGAGAAUUCAUCGUUGGAGAAAAGAAGGAGAUUAUCAUUUCUAAAUCAUCACUACCGAAUACCACUAAUGCCAAGAGCACCCAGUUAACCCCAGGAGAAAGAGCUGGUCUCAUCAUAGGCAUUUUGCUGUUGCUUCUUCUUGCCAUUCUACUGAUUAUCUGGUUCGUCAAAAGAAGGCAAAAGCUUCUCAAAGAAGGGCUUCUCGUUGGUGCAAACGGUGCCCUGAUAGACCACUGGGAAGUACCAAUCGACAAGAUUUGCCUGGAAGAGGAGCUCGGUGAAGGAGCUUUUGGUAAAGUUUUCAAAGGAAUGUUGGUGGAGCUUCCAGAACAGUCGGCAAAGUACUCCAUAGCUAAAAGUAUUCGACGAAAAAGCAUCAAACCGCUGUACCCAGAGGAUGGCUACGUUGUGGCUAUAAAAAUGCUCCAUGAUUUUGCAGACAUUGAUCAAAGAAAGGAAUUCCUGAAAGAGAUUCAGCUGAUGAAAGACGUUGGUGCUCACCGUAACAUCGUUAAUAUGCUCGGCUGUGGUACAGUAUGUGAGCCAAUGUUCCUUAUUGUGGAGUAUUUACAUAAUGGUGACCUUUUGCACUACCUAAGAAAGAGACGAGGAAAGGCCAUGCAGUAUCCAGAAAGUGAUCCUCGUGGACCCUACCAUUCCACAUACUGCCAAACAUACUUUAACAAAAACAACCCUGAUGGAGGCAUCUCUCUGCAGCCAUCUCGUAGUGACCGUGUGUAUGUCCACACACCAGAACCACACAAGGAAUCAAAGAAUGAGGAUAUAAAGUUGAUAUCCGUGCAAAAGAAUGAAAAUGUUGAGAGAGGAGAUGGCGUUGGGAAUCCAGGAUUAGACCAUCAACCAGAUAAUAAUGGAGAAGGAGAUAUAAAAGUGCAGCAAGAAGACGAAGACGACAUAUUGACUUCUGGCGACUUGAUGGCCUUUGCUUGGCAGGUUUCUCAGGGAAUGGAAUAUCUUUCUAAGCGUGGGUACGUCCAUCGUGAUCUUGCUGCUCGUAACGUCUUGGUUGGAAACAGCAAGGAAGCGAAGAUCGCUGACUUCGGGUUGACUCGUCACAUGUACGAGGAUCUGUAUCAAGCAAAGACGAACCGGAAGCUACCCUUGAAGUGGAUGAGCAUUGAAGCAAUCUUUGAUCAGUCGUUCACCAGUCAAAGUGAUGUUUGGGCGUACGGUGUGUUCUUAUGGGAACUGGUCACUUUAGGUGGCACACCGUAUCCAAGUAUUAACAACAGAGAAUUGUUAAAACUGUUGAAGGAAGGAUACCGAAUGGAAAAACCAGAGACUUGUGACACUGAACUGUAUAACAUCAUGUGCAGUUGUUGGAAAGAAAUGCCAGAAGAUCGACCAACCUUUGUCGACUUGCGUGAAAAACUUGAAGAAAUGAUGACAAGAGACAAUCCUUACUUUGACCCCACAGCUGUAGAUGAGUCACGUGACUAUUAUAAUGUCCCGUCAUUCAACAGUGCCCCUGAACCAGGAGAAGAUGACGAUAUAACUGAGGUUAUUAUCGGAGAAGCGUCUUCCCCAAGGGAUGAGAUAAAAGACGCCAAUAAAAACACAAUCAAUUCUCCUGAUAAUAACAAGAACUCACAAUCUGUGGAAGAUAACACGAAAGUCGAGACAUUGACAUUUGAGAACCCGAGUUUCAAUGACAAUGAUCCAGAUCUUAAUUUGGAUCAAGUGGUGUUUGAUAAUGAUAACACAGCACGAUUCAAGGCAGAUCAGAAGAAUCUCAAGUAUGCUAGACUGGACUUUGAAGAUAUUGAGUUCCAGCUAUAUCGAAAACAAAACCAUGGCCUUGUACUUUAACUACAAAUAUUCUACUAUCCUAGCAACCGGCAGAUGUUUAUGACAGUACUGUAUGGCCUUAUACUGUACUUGAACUACAAAUCUUUCACUUCAGAGUCAAGAAACAUCAAUCGAUUGUGAUGGUUACCUUGAGAGCGUUUGGUCACAUCCAGUGUAAAUAAAAUAAAUGGAGCUUUCUAGUAACGAGGUUUUUAAAAACCUAUCGUUGUUGAGCAACUACUGCAAGCUGUAAUAGAAUUCAGUCAAUUUUUGGACUGUCUUCAAAACUGCUAUCAAAAUUUGUUUACGAACUGAGGAGUAUUUUAUCCCGCUUAUGUAUCCUAGCAACUAGGAUCUGGCCGCCUUGCAACUUGAGACAUGAUAUCUUAAUUACGAACUGACUGGGUUUUAUAAACUUUCAAUUUUAAACAGCUGCAACAGGAAGCAGCGAGAUAAAUAAAAUUACUAAAUUACUUAUAAUAUAUAUAUUAUAUACUUAUAAUCACGUACAGCGGGAUACAAAUUCAGUAUAUGUAUACUGGUUUCAGAUUUGCUCCACUGUCACUCACUAACACUAAUUUCAUAAAUGCUAAUUAUGUGCAUUUUCAGCUGAAAAAUAAAAUUUUAAAACUAAACCUAAAAAUGAGAAUUAUGGAACUGCUAAGUUUAUAUUCAUUAAAUUUACCGGCGUGCUUUCGAAUUCACCUUUCAUCCUGAGAAAGAAAGAUUUAACGCAUUACGGAUGAAUUUCAGAAUCUUUAAUGCCUGACAUCAAAAUUUUAUUUAACAGGUUAAGUAUCCAACUCCCUCCAAUAAAAGACAUAUGUUAACAUAUGUAAACAACUUAUGUCUUAGUUAAUUGCAAAUCUUUGUAACGAUGCAUGGCCGAAAGCUAGGUAUUAAACCCUAAAAAAAAAUCUAGUGAAGCCGUUAUUUAAUUUACACUUUUAUCUUGUAUUUAAUAAUAGAGGUUCACUGUUAAGUUAGCUGACAGUAAGCAAUAAAAAUGACUAAAGACGUAAAAUAACACUUGGUCCAGUAAUGAGCUGGAAGAGUUGCACUUCUAGAAUCUUUGUCAUUCAUUUAUUAACAAAAAGCACUACCCAUCAGCUGGCUGGCAAACCUUCUACCAUCACCACAGCAACAACAUAGCUAUAUUGGCCACAAGCACAAGUAAUCAAACUCGAUUAAUUGACGGGUGCCACAGAAGUAAUGAAAAAGUGAUCUUCUUCAAAACUAAAACCAAAAUGAGAUUCAGUAUUGAAUCAAGUAUAUGAGAAGGCUGUCUGCGAAUAUGAAGGAAAGAUUUCAGCAUCUGGAUCCCUGUACAUUGAUCAUUUGGUCCAGCGGUUCAUUCCAUGACUGAGAGCAGAUCUCUGAAUCACGUGGCCUUGAAUAUUCAAUAAAGGAUUACAGGGGUAAUUUAUACUGAA